AUGGAGCGUGGAAACAGCACAGGGGUGAUGGAGUUUGUGCUGCUGGGGCUAUCCCAGACCCGGGAGAUCCAGCUCUUCCUCUUUGUCUUGUUCCUCGUCUUCUACUCCAUGAUCCUCCCAGCCAACAUCCUUAUCAUCAUCACCAUCCAGGGUGACUCUCACCUGGGUUCCCCCAUGUAUUUCUUCCCAGCCAACCUGGCCUUUCUGAAUAUCUGCUACUGCUCCGUCACCCCCCCGAAGAUGCUGGCUGACUUCUUCUCCCAUCACAAGAACAUCUCCUAUGGGGGCUGCAUGGCCCAGAUCUUCUUCAUCCACUUCCUGGGGGCAGCUGAGGUUUUCCUGCUCAUGGGCAUGGCCUUUGAUAGGUAUGUGGCCAUCUGCCAUCCCCUGCGCUAUGCCAGCAUAAUGAGCAGGGAGGUCUGCUGUGCCCUGGUUGGGGCAGCUUGGGCCGUGGGCUUCACGCACUCUAUCCUGCAGGUGGUGCUGAUUAUCCGGCUGCCGUUCUGUGGCCCCAACGAGCUGGACAAUUUCUUCUGUGACAUCACCCAGGUGAUCAAGUUGGCCUGUACCGAUGUCUAUGUGCUGGAAUUCUUCAUGUUCUUCAACAGCGGCCUGUCCAUCAUGAUGUGCUUCCUCCUCUUGCUCAUCUCCUAUGGGGCCCUGCUGGUCCGGCUGCGUGCGGGCGACCCCUCAAAGGGCACAAGCAAGGCAGCCUCCACCUGUGUCAUCCAUGUCAUCAUCGUCUUCAUCAUGUUCAGCCCAGCCAUCUACAUCUACUGCCGGCCCUUCCGCAGCUUCCCCCUGGACAAGGUGGUGUACAUGUUCCACACCGUGGUCUUCCCGCUCAUGAACCCUAUAAUCUACACACUCAGGAACAAGGAGAUCAUCAGUGCCAUGAAGAGGCUGCUGGGCAGACACAGGCUCUGCCAAAGGAAAUGGAAGGAAGUAAAAAUAAAAAAGUGCAGGAUUUGGAAUUAUUUCAGGGAAUUUAUCUGA